ACAAGUCUUUCACAGAAACACAUAGCAGCCACAUCAACCCAAAACCAACAAACUCAUCUUCUUCUUCUUCGUCUCCGCCAUCGAAAGAGAGGCUCUGUUCUCUCUCUCUCUCUUGAUUCAAUUUCUAGGGUUUUCGUAAGAACGGCGAGAUAAGAUGUUCGGCCGAGGACCCUCGAAGAAGAGCGACAACACUAAGUUCUACGAGAUCUUAGGUGUUCCUAAGACCGCAUCACCUGAAGAUCUUAAGAAAGCUUACAAAAAAGCCGCUAUCAAAAACCAUCCUGAUAAGGGUGGAGAUCCCGAGAAGUUCAAGGAGUUAGCUCAAGCUUAUGAAGUUCUUAGUGACCCGGAGAAGCGUGAGAUUUAUGACCAGUAUGGAGAGGAUGCACUCAAGGAAGGAAUGGGUGGUGGAGGAGGUGGACAUGAUCCGUUUGAUAUUUUCUCAUCCUUCUUUGGUGGAAGCCCUUUUGGAGGUGGUAGCAGCAGGGGAAGGAGGCAGAGGCGUGGUGAAGAUGUUGUUCAUCCCCUGAAGGUUUCUUUGGAGGAUGUGUACCUUGGAACAAUGAAGAAGCUCUCACUUUCUAGGAAUACUCUCUGCUCCAAGUGUAACGGAAAGGGUUCAAAAUCUGGAGCCUCCUUGAAAUGUGGUGGGUGUCAGGGUACAGGUAUGAAGGUGUCAAUUAGGCAGCUCGGACCUGGAAUGAUCCAGCAGAUGCAGCAUGCAUGUAAUGAAUGCAAAGGAACAGGUGAGACCAUCAAUGAUCGGGACAGGUGUCCACAAUGCAAAGGAGACAAGGUUAUUCCUGAGAAGAAGGUGCUUGAAGUGAAUGUGGAGAAGGGAAUGCAACACAGUCAGAAGAUCACAUUCGAAGGACAAGCAGAUGAAGCGCCUGACACUGUCACUGGAGAUAUAGUGUUUGUCCUUCAGCAGAAAGAGCAUCCAAAGUUCAAGAGAAAGGGAGAAGACCUCUUUGUGGAGCACACACUUUCUUUAACGGAAGCUUUAUGUGGCUUCCAAUUUGUUCUAACUCACUUGGAUGGUAGAAAUCUCCUCAUUAAAUCUAACCCCGGGGAGGUCGUGAAACCUGAUUCAUACAAGGCAAUAAGCGACGAGGGGAUGCCAAUAUACCAGAGGCCAUUCAUGAAGGGUAAGCUCUACAUCCACUUCACAGUGGAGUUCCCAGACUCACUGAGCCCUGAUCAGACCAAAGCACUGGAAGCUGUUCUGCCGAAGCCCUCAACAGCUCAGUUGAGCGACAUGGAGAUAGAUGAAUGCGAGGAAACAACUCUCCACGAUGUCAACAUCGAGGACGAGAUGAGGAGGAAGGCACAAGCCCAAAGAGAGGCUUAUGAUGAUGACGACGAUGAUGAUGACCAUCCAGGUGGUGCUCAAAGGGUGCAAUGUGCCCAGCAGUAAGUAACAACCCCCCUUUAGAGAGAGACUUUUCCCACAUGGGUUUGGCUCCAACAUUUGUCUUUUUCCUAUUUCCAUCAUUCUAAAUGUAUUGGAGUCUCUUAUGGAGUUUGGUACGGUUUAAGAAUUUGCCCACUUCGGUGGAACACCCCAACUUGUUCUCUCUUUUCUGACUCUUAAAGAUUAAGGCCUUAUUCCAAUUUUGUGUUUUUUUCUUUGAUAAUCAAAAUUUGUAGUAAUUUUAAUGUCUUAAGAACAUAUAUACUAUGUUUUGUUUCUAUA